CAAUAAACGUCACAAGAACAUGCACAAGAAGAAGAAGAUGCUAACUUCCGGGUUCCAAACGUUGUUUCUUCUUUUUUUUUCUCUCUUUACAAAAAUAUGUAAUCACUGCAGUAGUUCUGAAAUAUUUGGUGUCUGAGAUUUUUGGUGAUACUGGGUGGAGCUUACGUGAAUAUUCAUGAGUUUCCUUUUUUUGUGUUAAAGCGCCACCGAAAAUAUUAGCGCACACACCUCGGAUCACAGAAACUGUUUUCGGUGCUGACUUGAUUUGUCUUGAUGGAGUAAGGAACAAAGCUACAUAAUGUCCCAGCAUGCUCUACUCUCUGCGGGCUGUAAGGCAUGGCGGUCAAUCACAUGUCCACGGUCAGAGCUUCGUCUGGAUCUCACUCUGGGAUGUGGUCAGACCUUCCGAUGGCGCGAGACUGCAGAUGGUCACUGGACGGGAGUAAUGCGGGGGAAAGUGUGGACGCUAACUCAAACAGAGGAUAUGUUAUGGUACUAUGUUUACAAUCAUCAAAAAAAUCCUGGAACAGAAAACAGACAGAAACAAAAAGUGGAAGAGAAGGAGCAGUUAUUGGUGAAGAUGUCAAAAAGAAUGAUUGACAUAAAGCAGGAAGAAGUGGGAAUGUGCACAGUUAUGUCAGAAACUGACAACAAAGAGGAGGAUCUUCUGAGGGACUAUUUCCAAUUAGAUGUUAAAUUAGGGGAUCUCUACAGGAACUGGGGCACCGUGGAUCCACACUUUAAACAUACAGCAAACAUCUUUACAGGAGUGCGUUUGUUGCGUCAAGAUCCUGUGGAGUGUCUUUUCUCAUUCAUCUGUAGCUCUAAUAAUCACAUCUCACGGAUUCAGGGUAUGGUUGACAGACUGUGUCAGACACUCGGGACUCUCCUCUGCAAGCUUGAUGAUGUGGCCUAUCAUGAUUUCCCCCCUCUGCAAGAUCUUACAGACCCUAGUGUGGAGAUGCGUUUGCGUGACUUGGGUUUUGGCUACCGUGCUCGUUUCCUGCAGCAGAGCUCACAAACCAUUGUGAACUCUCAUGGCCCUGACUGGCUGCAUUUGCUCCGCAGCGCCCCCUACCUGCAGACCAGAGAUGCACUGAGAACUCUUCCUGGAGUUGGUCUCAAAGUGGCUGACUGUGUAUGUCUGAUGUCACUGGACAAGUUUGAGGCUCUUCCUGUGGACACACAUGUGUGGCAGAUCGCCAAACGUGACUACAAUUUUGCUGCCGGUAACAGCCAGAAGACUUUGACUGAUAGAGUCUACAAAGAGAUUGGUGACUUCUUUAGAAAACUCUGGGGUCCAUAUGCCGGCUGGGCACAGUCUGUACUUUUCUGUGCUGAUCUAAAGAAGUUUCAGAAGCUGAGAGAAGAGAUUCCUGUAAUGAAAGAUGAGAAAACUGAGCUGAAGAACAAGAUGAAAAAGAGAAGGCAUGAGGGAUAUACACAAGAACAGAAAAGAGAAAAAGGCAAUAAGCAUCAGAGGUCAUAAGAUCAAAUGAUAGUGUGGAUAACAUUCAUCAAUUAUCUACUUGUGAGUUUGAUAUCUACAGUGAGUCUGAAUCCAGAGUGGAUACAUCUUUUGAAUUUCUACAAUAUAUAUCAGAAUUUCAAACAGCUUAAUUUUAUUGGUAAUUUCAAGGAAGGAACAAUAUUUUCCACUGUGUAUUAUAAUUGUGCAGUUAAACACUCUGACGGGUUUGUUGUUGUUCCAGAGUUUGUGAGAAUAAAGAAUAAAUAAUCAGAAUAAAA